AUGCACAUCAUUCUACUUUUCUUAGUGAUCGUUCAAGUUUCUUCGGAAAGUGUUCAUUGGCAAUGGCGUGAGAUAAAAUGUGCUGCCAAAGAUGACAAAGCUCAAAAAGCAUCCACCCCAUGUUCAGUAGCUCUGAAGGAAACGGAAUCGGGUGAGGCGCGAGUGGCACCCCUGGAGCCUUGUUUUGAGGAAGUAGUAGAUGGAAAAUUGCGCAGCUACUGUAAUGUGUUGUGUCCAGGCGCUGAUACUGUAUACUUGAUCAAACGAGAGCCUCAGAACCAUAGGCAGGAGUUGCUUUGCGCACUUUACAUACAAAAUACAACAAAGGGGCAGAGAUUUUUACAUGUGGAGAGCAGAGAAGUAAGUGAGGGUUCUAGAAAGAUUUUUGUGAUUAUUCCACUGUCUUCAAGGUGUCGAACGUCUAAUGUACAAUUCACCAUUCGCUGCGAAUUCGAUUUUGGUCGUGCUGAAUUCCCUACUGACGACGUUGUGUUUGCAAAUGCAAGCCGAACAGCCGCACCUUAA